AUUGACAAAAAGAAAGUUCAAAUGCCCGACCACGUUUGACAAACAAAUCCCAUCCAUCAAUCACCGAGGAAUAGCCCUCUCGAAAACAAUUCUCAUUGAGAACAUUUCAACACACAACUGGGAUAUUUGUUUCCCAUUACAUUUCAAAAUGAAAUACUUUCUAUUUUCCCUUCUUGUCCUGGCUACAUUGAGCUUUGCAUUGGCUAAAAAUCAAUGUGGAGAAAAUGAGAUAUUCAAUGAUUGUGGAUCCCCGUGCGAUCGAACUUGUGAGAACCCAAAUCCGAUGUGCAUACAAAUGUGCAAAGCGAGAUGUGAGUGCAAGCAAGGAUUUGUUGUUGAUUCAAAUACCAAAAAAUGUAUCGAUCUGAAAAAAUGCCCGAAAUCUGCCUAAUUUUGUUCUGAAGUAUUUAUCAAUGAAUAAUCUCAAUUACUGU